CGCGUGCAUAACGUAGCGCUAAUGACAACAGUGAUCAGAAACCGACUCAAACGGCCAUUUUUCAAAUCCGCGCUUUUUCUGUUGAAAUUUUUAACCGCUCCGUCCCUAGUGUAGAUUUGUGUUUCUGUUUAGGAGCAGGUGUUAGUGUGUUGGUUCGAUUAUUGAUAACCGUUCGAUUGGUGGGACGUUCCUACGAUGUCGAAUUCAUCGGCCGAUUCGGUAGCCGUAGCCGUUCGUAUACGACCGUUAAACAACAGGGAACAGGAUCGCGGGUGCCGAAUAGUGGUGGAACAGCCGAACCCAAUUGAACCUCAAGUGGUUAUCGGCAACGGAAUCAGUGGAAAACCGGAAGCAUUCACAUUCAACUAUGUUUUCUCACCGGACGAUAGCCAGCAGUUGAUGUACGAGAGUGCGGUACGACCUCUUCUGCAGAAGCUGUACGCUGGAUAUAAUGUUACCAUACUGGCGUAUGGCCAAACUGGCUCAGGAAAAACGUUCACGAUGGGCACUAAUUACGACGGAGACGAAGAUGCCACGAUGGGUGUAAUUCCUAGAGCUAUUAAUGAUAUUUUUCAUCGAAUAGAAGAAACUACCGAAGAAUUCGAGGUCACUUUAAGCUGUUCCUUCAUGGAGCUUUAUCAGGAAAACUUGUACGACCUGUUGUCGAAAAAAGGUACCAGAGAGGAGCGUGUUGUAGAUAUUCGAGAGUCGAAUAAUCAGAUUGUAAUACCGGGUCUGACGGAGGUUUCGAUAUCUUCGGCGGAUGAUACUUUCGAAGCUUUGAUACGAGGCUCGCAGGAACGAGCCGUAGCUUCGACUGCUAUGAAUGCGGUAUCCAGUAGAAGUCACGCGAUCUUUACCCUUAAUCUAACUAAUCGAUCAAAAGGUGCAAAACCUGUGGUCACUAACAGCAAAUUUCACCUGGUUGAUUUGGCCGGAUCAGAGCGACCGAAGAAAACUCAAGCCACGGGAGAACGUUUUAAGGAGGGCGUCAAGAUCAAUCAGGGUCUGCUGGUGCUUGGUAAUGUUAUUUCAGCCCUCGGCUCUUCUGGAGGACCACUUGGUCAUGUACCCUACAGGGAGUCGAAGCUAACCCGACUGCUGCAGGACUCAUUGGGUGGUAAUUCGGUCACUCUUAUGAUUGCUUGCGUCUCACCGGCCGAUUAUAACUGCGAGGAGACAAUCAACACAUUGCGCUAUGCAAACCGAGCGAAAAACAUCCGCAACAAAGCCGUUGUCAAUCAGGAUCCGAAUCAGGCCGAGAUUCGUCGCUUGAAUGCCGUCAUCCAGGAGUUACGAUUGGAAUUGCUAUCCGCUACAACGGGAAAGGAAAAUGUUCCUGGUGAAGCAAAUCGUGUUUCAACGGCUCCGGAGAAGGGUAUUUUCCGAUCGAGCAGCAGUAACAACAUACAAAGUAUUACCUCGGCUGAAGCUAUUCGACGGGAACGAGAAAUGUCAGAUAAAAUUCGUACUCUCCAACAGCAGCUUCAAUCGGCCCUGCAGGAUUUGGCAACCGAUCAGCUGCGAGCACUUUCGAUGGAAAAAAUCAUUGAGGAGCUGGAGACGUUGCUGGCCACUAGUCCGGAUAGUGAGUUGAAGCAGGAAAUUCAGUCGAUUCUGCUGGGAUAUAAAGAGGAAACGGAACUAAUUCGAAUCGAUGCCCAGCAAACGGACACAAUGCUGCAGACAGCUUCGGAGGAUUUCCAGAAUCGUUCCGAUACACACACCCAGAAGCAGAUGAAGAUCCGAGACGAGCUGCGGCAGUUAACCAAGGAAUUGGAACUGAAAGAGGAACUACACCGAAAGUGUCUUGGCAACAUCUCAAACAUGACAUUUACGGUGAAUUCGAGCUGUUGCAGUAGCGACGAGCUCGUCGAGGAAUACGAGACGAAGAUAAAGGAAAUGGAAAAACAGAUCGAGGAUUUGAAUGGCCAGCUCAACACGACCAAGGUGGUAGAUAAAAAGAACAAAUUGGCGGAGGAACGACGGAAGAAGGUACAACAACUGGAAGCGGAACUGGCAGCGAUGCGCAAAAAAAGCGUGCAACAAGCGAAGUUGCUUCAGAUGAAGGAAAAGGACACACAGCGAAUCGAAAACCUGAGCCGAGAAAUUCAGGCCAUGAAGGCAAUGAAAGUAAAGCUCGCCAAAGCGAUGCGUGCCGAGAGUGAAAACUUUCGUCAGUGGAAAAUCAAUCGAGAAAAGGAAAUCUGCCAGCUACGUGAGAAAGAUAGGAAGUUGAAAAAUGAAAUGGUUCGUCUUCGUUCGUCCCACGAUAAACAGCAGAACGUGCUCCGACGAAAAGUGGAAGAAGCCCAGGCCGUUAACAAGCGCUUGAAAGAUGCCCUGGAACGACAAAAGCACGUUCAGGCGCAACGUGCUGCGAAGGCCGUUGGAAAACCGGUGCGAGGUGCCGAGGUACCAUCUUGGAUCGAUCACGAACUGGAAUUGAUCCGCUCGGUGAAGGAUGCCUCGGUGACACUGAAAACACUGAUGGAUGACCGCGCUCUACUGAAUGCCAAACUACGGGAAAUGAAAAACCAUCCCGAGGAACACGACGAAGAGGAAAUCAAACAGCAGGAGCAGGAUUUGGAAUUGCGGAAUGCACAGAUUGCUGAUAUUCAGCAGAAAAUCCUUUCGACCGAUGUUGAUUCCAAGCAGAAAGCAAUCCUCGAAGGCAUUCCGACAUUCCCGGAGGCGAAGCUUGCAAUCAAAAAGCUACUCUCGGUAUUUGCUGAAACGCAGGAAGAGGCCGCCAAGGCUCGCCACCAGCUGGUGGAUGUUCGACUUUCGAUGGAAUGUUUGGAAGAAUCAAACCGUGGUCUAAUCGUGGAAAUUGCCGAAAUCAAGCAACGCUUCGCCAACGAAACUAACGAACUGGCCAAAAUGUACGAAGAGAAACUGUCCAUGCUGCUCAUGUCGAAGCAGAAGUACGCUCGUCAAUCACAAGAAACGGCCGUCACCUGUGAUACGAUCCUGCAGGAGGCGAGCGAUCGGAUGGAAAAGCUUCGACAGGAGCUGGACUCGAUGAAACAGAUGAAUUCGAUUCUGGCAAAACAACUGGAGGAAGCCAACCAAAACCGCGGUCGUCGCGCACGGAACAGUACAAAAUCAGUGGCAGUACCGAUCGAGUACGAAAGCGACGAGGACGAGGAGGACGAUGAUGAGGCGGAUCAGGUCGGUGAUUCCGAUCUGGAACGGGAUCCAGACUUCCGUGCGACGCCACUUCGAAAACGCAAGAAGUCCACCAGUGUGCGCGAAUCGGUCAUGAAGAAAUCUGUUCUUGGUGGUGGCAGCAAAAAACGGGCUACCGAGGGUCAGGCUGCAGAAGGAACGGGAGACCAAUCCAACCACAACCGAAGCAACCACACCCACUGCAGUUGUUCGUCUACGUGUUCUACGAAACGCUGCGGCUGUAAGAAACAAGGUGAUUUCUGUAGCGAAACUUGUCGCUGUCCGGAAGGUUGCGUGAAUCGAAAAAUUGACGAACAGGACGAAUCGGUUGAGGAAAAUGAAGCCGUCGAGAGCACCAUGGACGGAUCGCAACCGGAGGAGUCGGAGGAUGACAACAAUAAGGAGAAUAUAGCUAAGGAUUCCGCUGGAUUGAUGGAAAAACGAAAAUCACAGGACGAUAGCGACGAGGGCGCGGGAGAUCUAACGCCCAAAAGAGUGAAGCACGAUAUUCUAACACCGACCUACGUGUAUUCAGUGAAAAAGAGGAAGCCUUUAUUGGAUGACAUCUAGUCAUUCGGUUUACUUAAGCUGUAUCGGUUUCGGAUAGCGAGAAAUAAGACUUUUUUCAUCCAGUUCAUGUCCCAUAGCCGUCAUUGUUAUACUUGACUUAUUUUUCAUACGAGUUUAAUUGCUAGAUAUCAAUUGUUUUAUAAUCGAUGACAAUAGUUUUUAGAAACCAAGAAUGAGCUAAGCAAUCUCGAAUCAAUAAAUCAAAAGCAUCGCAGCCAAAA